UUUUGCGUUUGUUUUGCGGUCCUCGUAUUCCUGGAAGCUCACAUAAAAAGACUGUAUUGCCAACUGUAUAAAAAGUUGAACGUGUACUGGCAGUCAGUUGAAAAGAAUCUCUGUGUCAUAUCUCCUUGGGUAGUGAGAUUUAUCGCAGGUCCCAGCAUGAAUGUCUUGGCCCUCGCUUGUCUGCUUGUAGUCCUUCUCGCAGGAUUUCCUGCUUCUGAUGCGGGACCCCGCGGGCCUCGUUGCAUCAUCCGAUAUCCGGCAACGGACGGCCCUGGACGUUCUGGACUCCAUGCUGCUCGUUGCAUUAUCUAUCCGACACUGCCACCUUUGCCCGGACGUUCUGGGUGGAAUCGCCGUAGGUGGCUUGCCGCGCUGAAGGCCCGCUGCGCAAAACCAGAACCCAAAGUGAAGCCGCAGUUUUGUGAGAAACUACGGGAACUGUUGACAAAAAUAAAGCAUUGAAACCUUC